CGCCAAGCUACGUACGAUUGUUUAUCCGCCAUUUUGUUAAGCUGCCGUACGCGCAGUUUUCGACGGCAGACUUGGCCCGAAUUUUAACGAUGACCGCGGUCUAUUGAGAGCGGGUGGUCUUUUAGAGUGUUCGAAUUUGUGAGUUUUUAGUAACGCGAAGCCUCCGUAGUCAAAUUUUAACCGUGGCGAACGUUUAUAGUCUAGUUUUGGUGCAAAAAAAGCGCGAAUGAAUAAGUUGUGUAUUUAGUAGAGGGGGAGUGAGGGAGAAGGUCUCGCGCGACCGAUCGAGACAUCGGGUGUUCGAGCUAGCGAACGAAACCAGAACGCGAGACAGAGAUAGCGUGCGUGAAUUUAAGUGAGUGUAAGUGCGAAAGCGAGCGGGCGAUGUGAUAAGCCAAGAGGCGCUUUUCACGCCUCGCCCCGUCGACGCUCCACCGACAUUCUAUCUCCUAUACCGUCUGUGUAUACUCCUUUAACCGUAUUUCCAACUUCUUCAUAUGCUAAUAAUAUUUAGCACACCACUAUAUUGCAAAUAUCGUAAAAGAGUUUGUUAACUUUUCUCAUACAAGACCAUCAUCCCGCGCGUACCUUCUUUCCUAUCGCUCGUACUUCGUUACUGAUAAUCAAAAUGACAAACUAUAAAAAUUCAAUGUCCUCCUCGAAUAUUCAUCCAUUUUAAUUCUAUCACUUUUUACUAUUAUUUUAUACACUUGUUUGUACUACACACUGGUUUUCGUACCAACGAACAAAUGACAACUGCUAAGCCGAAAUAAAUACAACAGUGGAAUAACAAAGCCCACGGUAUCACAAUGUCUGGGCAGAGCGGGGGUCAUCGGUUGCGCCUGUCAAUGCUGAAUGAACAGCUUACGUGUAAACUCUGCGGAGGUUACUUUAUCGAUGCUACAACAAUUAUUGAAUGUCUGCACUCCUUCUGCAGAAGCUGCAUAGUAAAGUAUUUGGAGAGCAAUAAGUACUGUCCAAUAUGCGAGGUACAAGUACACAAAAGCAAACCUCUCUUGAAUAUCAGACCGGAUCAUACAUUACAAGACAUAGUCUACAAAUUGGUGCCGGCCUGUUACCAAAACGAAAUGCGAUGUCGUCGAGAAUUUUAUGCGAAAAAUCCGGAGGCACUACGGUCGACGACAUCGCCGGAGGGACGCGGCGAACCUGUAGAAUCCCACAUUUAUUCUCCCGAUGAAUCCCUGAGUCUUUCGCUCGAAUAUUAUAAUCCUGUUGAUCAACCGAUUCUAGUUGAUACCGGGAUAGAUGAUGCCAAAGAGUCCAGUGGACCUAAAAAGCAACAUGACCAGAAAGAUCAACAACUUCAACAAAAACCAUUACCCAAACGGUAUCUUCGCUGUCCAGCUGCUGUUACCGUCUUUCACCUUCAAAAACUCAUCAGAGCUAAAUAUGGCCUUAGCGAGGCUCACAGGGUUGACGUUAUGUACAAAGAGGAAACCCUUUGUGACAGUUAUACACUGAUGGAUGUGAUGUACAUUUAUCACUGGAGGCGGAAAGUUCCGCUACAUCUGAGUUAUCGAAUAUUCGAAUCAUCGCCGAAGCGCUUGAAACUUGCUGAGGACAACGAGAAUUUUAAGCAAUCAUUGACGAAUGCUGGUAUUAAAAUGCCGGUUGAUCCUCGUGGUGAUACCCCGAGUCAGCAGCAACAGCAACAACAGCAGCAGCAUACCGGUCCAGGUGUAAAGCGAGAGUGGAAAGAAGUACAAUUGAAAAUAUCGGAAACGGGUGUGAUGAGUGUGACGGAUAUAACGAGUCCGGACUCGAAGAAGAAUGCGAAGACUGAUAAGAAAGUUGCCAGUGGUUCGUCGACUUCGACGGGGGCGGUGGAGGAGGGAAAAAGACCGGCGGAAGAUUCUCUUCCCCUUGAAAAUGUUAAUAAAAAUGACAAAUCAUUGGUUGAAUCGAAAAAAGGAGAGACGGCUAAAGGAUCGCCGAUUGAAAGCGGCUCAAAAAAGGGAGAAGUAAGAUUCGCGACAACAGAAACUAGUAAAGCAGAGGAAAAAAGUGAACCUGCAAAGAAAAUAUUGCCAGAAAAUACGGUAUCGAGUCGUUCAAAGUCACCUGGAGAAGUAUCGGUGGAGCGAGAUUCUGGGAGCUCCGAAAAGAGUAUGAUAAGAGAAACUCGCUCGAGGAGCGAUUUGCGCUUAUCGGCAAAUUCUCAAGACGCGCAACACGCGGCUCUUUCGGGAGACAAAUUAACGCCGAGAGGAGGUACGGAAACUCGGAGAAGCAAAGUAUUGUCGAUGGAAACUUGCGGAGCAAGUGGUAGCACCGGUGCGUCGGAAAAAUCUAGCUCAGUAGCAACGAAAGGAAGUUCGGAACGUGUAGCGGCGACGACGGAAGAGGAGAAAACGGAUAACCGAUCUCAGCCACGGGCUUUGACGACAAAUAAUAAUCUUAUCAACUCGAGAACCGCAACGACGAGUAACGAGGACGUAAUCACUUCAAAACAAGCGAACAAUAAUAAAAAUUUGAAGAAUCAAGGAACGAAAAAUUCACAACAGCAACAAACAUCAGCAGGUUCGAAAAUCGACGCGUUGAGCGCGAAGCUCCAAUUUCAACCUAAAAUCGGGGAAGUCAAUAAUACAUACUCGAAAAAAGCACUCAAAGAAAAGAGAAGCAUCCUCGAUAAAGUAUUGAAGAAAUCAUCGACGCAGGCAUCGGUGUCGCCGUCGACUUCCGCCACGGCCUCCGUUACCGGAUCUUUGUCCUCGUUCUCUUCAUCAACAUCCUCUUCGUCCUCUUCUUCGUCGUCCUCCUCCUCUAUGUCGAUCGAAAGCUCCAUGACGGUUAAAACGUUGGGAAAGGCCGUUGGAGAUACGAGUUCGUUGAAAACGCGAUUGAACACGAGUGGCUUGACGGUGACCACCAGUGGAAGCAGCACGGGAAAACAGCUUCGUAUCGAGUCGAACCCGUCAGUGGGGAGUUCAGCAACGAGUCAAAUAAUGAAUUGUCUUGGCGGAGUAACGACGAUAUCUUCAACGCCUACGACAAAUCCCUCGUCAUCGGUCUCUAUAUCGGUAACUACGGUUCCGAGAUCGAGUGAUAAUUCACAGACAAAUAUGACCAAUCGAAGAGGGAUUAUGACGCAGAGUAUGGAAAAUAGCGAAGAAGAAAACAUCAGUGCCGGAAGUAUGACGGGAUCUAGCGAUCAGAGGCAAUCGCUACAGGGCAAUUCACCGAGCGGAAAUCAAAAUUUAGCCAAGAAUUGUUACGGCCGCCGAGAUAAUCAGAAUUUGCCGAUUCCCAGCAGCGAAUCUCUUGCUUCAAUUGGUCUCAAUGUUUCGACCUCGAUGCAAACGCCGACCUCGACGUUCCCGUACACCGUACAAGAUCUCGUUAACUCAGGAAUCUUGAAAAACUCACCAGGAGCAACUAAAGUUUCAGGUUUGACGAUACAAAAGACAACGGGCGGUAAUUACGGCAAUUCCCAACAACAGCAACUAAUAUCAAACAGUUCAGGAUCUUUGGUAUCAUCUUCUUCUCUGAGUCAUCAAGUUUGUUCGAGCGUUGGCGGAACUCCUUUUAAUCUUCAUACACCUUCGAUGAGUAUUUAUUCGAUACCGACCUCGAUGUCGUCGUCAUCACCCUCAACGACUUUGUUACCCUCCUCCUUAAUGACGACAACGGCAACGACGACGACGACGACGACAACGAUGACAAUGACGAUGACAACAGCCGCGACGACGACAACAACGAUGAGCACGACAACUACUUCGAGCACGAGCGCACCGACGAUGGCAACCGCGACGAAAAACAGUCCCGGUGGACAAAUCGGCAGUUCGUCCUUGUUUUUAAACACCUCCGCCCAAAACAAAGGAUCGAGCAUUACGGGACAACAGAUUGGAGGAACAUUACCAAAGAGCAACAAUUUGGAGAUUACAAGCAUUUAUUCCUCGGUGCCACCUUGUCCCGACGCAAUCCCGAUAUCAUUAAUGAAGCCUGCCGUUCGAAAACACGAAGUGAUUGCAAAGGGUACUAACGUAAACGAGAUAUGCGCGAAAAUUGGUGAAAACUCAAAGGAGAAAAACAAAGCCGAAUCGGCUGCGAGAAGUCGUCCGGAAAUACCAGAUUUGUUGGAAAUCGGCAAGAAAACGCUUCAAUCAUCGUCGUUGUCAUUGAGCGAGAGCGGGCCUACCAAACACAUACCGAACAUACCAAACGUACCGAUUUACACGCCGAGUAACGUGGCCGCCUCUUCCGCGAACACAAAAAUCUCAUACUCGAGCAAAGACAGUCCUAUGUCAAAAUUGUCAUCGUCAAGCUCGUUGAGCUCGGUGAUGCAAUCGGUUUCGCUCCAAGUGACUAAAACCAGUGGUAUUGGCGGAGGUAAAAAGUCAUCGAUGUCAAUGGGAUACAAAACGCUCAGGGAUCCUCCAAAAUCUUGGAAUCCAACUCUAACGAAAAAUAAUUACGUCGCGAUGAAAAAUCAAGCUAAAGAAUCGUUACUCAGCUCUCAACAAUCUCAGCAAUCGGCAAUGUUGAAUCUUCAACAGCAGCAGCAGCAACAACAACAGCAACAACAACAACAACAACAACAACAAGAUUCAGUCGGCGGCAAUGGAAAAUCGUCAAGUAUAAAGCCGGCAAAACGGCACAACAGAAACGUCCUUCGAUUUUUGGGCAACCCUGCCUCCGGAGUGAAACCACUUUAUGGCGUAACCGAUGGUAAAGGUGGAGAGAGCAAAGAUCACGGGACUAUAGCAACAAGUGGAGCAGCGACCGGAACAAGUGGGAAAAAUUCUUCCCUCAGUAUGACCAAGGUUGAUCCAAAGACCCUGUCGCCGAUAGUCUCGUCUUCGAAUUCCCCCAUCGUUUCACCACCUCCGUAUUCUCCAGGUGCUCGAGGCACGUGCUAUCAAACGACACCAUUUUCACGGGAAAUAUGCGUUAGUCGAGGUGGCGGUGGUUCACCUAUAUCGACCAAUCCUUUUAUUCCAUCGCCAACCCCGAACACCAAUCCACGUUUAAUCUAUUCUCAUUUCCCAUCGCCCUUCCCCGACGCCUCUAGAUUCCCGAAUCCAUUAAUACGAUCACCGAUCGGCAUACCGCCACCCAGUGCCUUUCACAACAGUCUGCCACCCACGAUAAAUAAAAUUUAUCAAAGAACAAGUUAUAUGCCACAAACGACUGGAGUUUAUUCUCAGCAGCAACAACAGCAGCAGCAGCAACAACAACAGCAACAGCAGCAACAACAAAUUUCACAACCUCCUACCAUUCAGAGAAUUCCGGCGAGCAGCGGAAUCGCGUCUUCCUCACCGUCUCCGAAAUCACCGAAAAAAUCAAAUAGCCCCGGGGCCAGCUUUGCUCUUGCGAAAUCUGAAAUGCCGUCUUCCAUCGGCAUGGCAAGCGGAGGAGGAGGAGGAGGAGGACAUUGCGAUAAUAAAAAUGUUAUUCUCCUCGGAAGCAAAACCACGGUGGAAGCGAAUGCUUUUAAUUUGACGAAAAAUGCCGCAUUAUCGCCUUCCCAACAACAGCUGCAGCAGCAGCAGCAGCAGCAGCAACAACAGAAUACCAGCAACUAUGAGAAAAUUCCGUGCAGUUUAAAUGAAGGCGGCGACAAAAGUGGGCCGAAACAGCAAAAUACAACGACAGCGAGCCAGGGUAAACGCGAACCGAGUUUAGGAAAAACGAAGGAUCAAGAAACAGAGAGACAGAGGAGAACAUCGAGUGACAACGAGAAAGGAAAACUCCGUGAUGACACAACUGACGAAGGAUCUAAUGUCAAGAGAAACGAGGAUCAAAAAUCGACCGCUGAUGCAAAUCUUUCGAAAGUAGUUAGCGAUAACGAAAAAAACAGAGAAGAUUCUAAAGAAAAACGAGAGGCUGAUGCUUCAACGAAAGGAACAGAUAAAAGUGGAACAAAAGUAAACGGCGACGUGAACGCAGACAACAAAUCGCUAUCGAAUCUCGCUAAAAAUCAACAAGAAUCUAUAGCGAGGAACGAGAGCAGCAAAGAGUCGAGAACUUCCGAUCGUGGAAAAACGAACUUUCCUCAUGAUUCCAAAGAGUCCGAGGUCAAAACGACGCAAUCACCAAUAUCAAUAUCAGAUAACCCCGUCGAAAAAAACGAAGGUACGAAAGAUUCCACAGAGUCAAAAUCUGAGGAGCAUCAGCACAUUAGCAAAAGUGUCGAUCAGAUACAGGGAAAAACGAAUAAAACGACGAACGCCGAAUCUCAGAGAAGCAAGGCUGAAUCGUAAUCGCUAUGAAUGAACUCGGGCUUCAUUAAUUUCCCUCUCUCACUUUUCAGCCUCGUUCAGUGUUAAGCCUCCGGACAAUUUAUAUUUCAAUAUUUUUAGUGACAGAAAAAAACGGGCUAGUGACAAAUCGCCGCUCGUUUCGAGUUGACUAGAAUAAAACGAAAAAAAUCGAACUUGAUAAAAACAAAAACAAAGAUAAAAUAAGCCGAGUUCAGAUACAAGGGAACUCUCGAAGAGUACAUUGAAUCGUGAGCGAAAUGAGACUAUAUAAAAUAUACAUAGAAUAAUACGGUAAUCACCGAACGGAGUGGAGGGCAUGUGCGUGCGGAGAGUGGUAGAAAAGCGCCCAAUCUUUCAUAAUCGUUGUUCGAUCUGUUGCAAAAUAACUUUAUACUUGAACGAGGUGGAAAAUAAGUAAUAGAAGAUCGACGCGUGUUAACAUAUUAUUAUUAACGAGUAUGCGUGAUCGACGAAUCGUUUAUUCUCUCGGACAAACCGAAUAGUGCAAUCGUGACGAUCUUCAAUGAUUCAGAAGACGAAACUUGAAACGAGAAGAGAAAAAUAAACAAUGGAAUGGUUCAUGAAUUUCGAAAUUUUACGAAAUUCCAGGAGGUGUGUGUGCGUGUAAAUUACUGUAAAUAGCAAUCCGAAUUACUUUUCACUUUUUCCUCCUUUCCAUGUCUCACAUGGUUUAUUCAUCGUUCUCAAAACUGUAGUCCUAUAAGUUCCUCGUAGAUUUCUGUCCUCGUCAUCAAUUGAUUGUUAUUACUGUUAAUUUUAUUAUUUAUCUAUGAGACAGAAUCGCUCUUUGAGAGUCAUUUUACGAAUCCCAGGUUCCGUUUCAACCGCCGUAAACGAAUCUUUCAUCUUUGCUCUCGUUCGUACCUUUUUUUUGUUUACAUUGUUUUCUUCGUUAAGGAACACUAGACAAAAAUCAAACGAUAAGGAUUCAAUUCCAGCGUUCGGAAUUCGUCUCCCUUUUCGCUAAAACGCCUGUAAUUAAUUAAUCAUCGUCGUUAAUCGAAUGAUCAUCGAUAUUAAAACGGAAGCAAUUCACUGAGCUCGAACGCAGUGUAAAACUUUGAAUGUAAAUUAUACAAAGCAAAUUAGUAAUACGACGAUUCACGAAAAGAAUUUUCACAAAAAACAUGCGGGCCAAUUUUCUAGGUUCGUUACUAUCCGCGCAAAUUUUUACUAUGUCCAACGAAUCGAAGAAAUAAUUUACAUCCCCGCACGCACAUACAGCAUCGAAUAUAUUUUUUUUUUCGUUUUGUCGCCGGAAACAAAAUUUACAAAUAAGACAGAAGAAAACUUGUUUUUUUUUUUCAACUUUUUUUCUAGAACGGAGUGGUUAUUCUCGGUGGAUUAUUUGUACAUAGUGUAUCAUGGUUAAAAAAGCUCUCUAUAUAUAUAUAUAUAUAGAGCUUUUAUAAAUAUUAUUAAUAAUAAUAUAAUUAUAAAUAUUUAACGCGAUAAGAAAAAGAAUUGGUAAGCCGAUAGAUCUUUACAUUUCUCACGCAGUUUUUAGGCUACUCCCUUUGCUUUGAAUCAUGGCGAAGGGAAAUAAAAAAUAAAGAGUGAUGAGGGGCGAAAUAAGUAAAAUUCGCUGAGAAAAUACACUCACCUCCGUACGUACGAAAUACACACAAACACAUACACAUCCACACACACACACACAGAUGCGCACGCGCGCUAAGGUGUGUGAAAUCACGAUUUACAGAUAACUUACUCGAACAUCAAUAAACUCAAACACCAGAACAAAAAGAAAUAUCAAUUUUUAGACGAAUAUUUGGCUGACAGGAGGGCGGAGAAUAAUGUAUUUUUAAUCAGUUAUUAUAUAUAAAUAUAUAUAUAUAAAUAAAUAUAUAUUAAUAAUUAUAUCGAUAUCUUUACGUGGAAUUAGGCGAUGUUUUUUGCUCUUUCAUGCAACAAAUAUAACUGAAUGCACCUGUA